AUGGCGGGGAAGAAUGAGGAGGAUGGUUCGACAGUGUUCCGGCCAGGCACGGCGGCUUCGUCGCCGGUGCGCACUGUGGUGGCUUUAGCGUUGUGGCUUGGAGCCAUCCACUUCAAUCUCCUGCUUGUCUUGGCAUCCGUCUUCGUCUUCCCCGGACGCAUUGCCGCCUUGGUACUAGGCACGCAGCUCUUCUUCAUGUUCGCUCCUGUGAGUAACACUAACGGAUGGGGGCGAAACGUCGCCAGGUUCAUAUGCAAACACGCGGUCGGCUACUUCCCCAUCACUUUGCAUGUGGAGGACUACGAUGCAUUUGAUCCCAAUACAGCUUACGUGUUUGGUUAUGAGCCGCACUGCGCUAUGCCCUUGGGCUUGUGGGUCGUUGCAGCCCCCAUGGGGUUUAUGCCUCUGCCGAAGAUGAAGAUCUUAGCAAGUAGCGCGGCAUUCUACACACCUUUCCAGCGGCAAAUAUGGACCUGGCUAGGGUUAGUUCCGGCAUCGAGAAAGAACUUCUCCUACUAUCUCGGAGCCGGCUAUAGUUGUGCCGUUGUGCCAGGAGGCCUGCGUGAGAUGCGAUAUAUGGAUCAUGAACCUGACUCAGAAGUUGCUUUCAUUAGAUCAAGGAAAGGAUUCGUAAGAAUAGCCAUUCAAACUGGUUGCCCUUUAGUCCCAGUGUUCUGCUUUGGACAAGAUCGUGUUUACAAUUGGUGGAGACCCGGAAGUAAUUUACUUGUUAAGAUAGCUGGAGUACUCAAAGCUCCCGCAAUUGUCUUCUGGGGUAAAUUCGGAACCUUCAUACCAUUUCGGUUGCCUAUGCAUGUGUUUGUUGGAAGACCUAUUGAAGUAACGAAAAAUAACCAACCUACAAUGGAUGAGAUAAAUGAAGUGCACAAAAAAUUUGUGAUGGCUCUGCAGGAGUUGUUCAACAAGCACAAGUAUAAAGCUGGAUGCCCUAACCUCCAACUACAAGUCAUAUGA